AUGUAUCAUUUUGCUCCCAAUGAUAUAUUCUCUGAUGAUGAAGAAUUUACACAUCAAGAAAUUGAUGAUGAAUUAACUGUUACAAUUCCAGAAGAAGAUCUCCUUGCAUCAAAUCAUCUAAAUUUUGAACAAAAACACGCAUAUAAUUUAAUUCUCGAAACUUUACUUCUCGACAAAUCUGCUGCAUUCUUCAUUGAUGGUCCUGCUGGCACUGGAAAAACAUUUCUAUAUAAAGCAUUUCUUGCUGAAAUUAGAUCGAAACAUAUAAUAGCACUUGCAACUGCAUCAUCUAGUGUUGUUGCAUCAAUUUUACCUGGAGGCCGAACAGCAUAUUCACGCUUUAAGAUUCCAUUGAAUAUAGAGAAAAAUAGUACAUGUAAUGUUAGCAAACAAGGAAAUCUUGCUAAAUUAUUACGUCUUGCAAAAUUAAUUAUAUGGGAUGAAGCACCUAUGUUUGGAAAACAUUCUAUAGAGGCAGUAGAUAAAAUGUUGCGAGAUAUAAAUGAUACAGACCUUCCUUUCGGUGGAAAAGUUAUUGUUUUUGGUAGAGAUUUUCAUUAA